GUCCAUUUGUCAUCCUCACUUCUUACACUGUUCGUUGCCACCAUUCCGUCUCUUCAUCCCGCGGCCCAGGCGCCUUCGCCGAAGAUGGGUCGCCGCAGCCGGCUGGGCCGGCGGCUGAGCCGCAUGGCUGAUCGUCUCCGGCACAAGUUUUCGAGGGCCCGGUUGCAGCCCAGUACGGAAUCACUGGAGGCGAGCGCGAACGGCGCACCGACGUUUCGCGCGCUUCCAGUCGAUGAUUUGCUCGAGCGCAUCUCCGAGCUUGAGGCGACAUACCUUCUCAAUAUCAAGCUGUGGGGAUAUCCGCAGUUGCGAAAAGCGCGGUACUGGGAUCGUCGAAAGAUCUGGGUGGUCAUUGACCAGCUGGGGCAGGCGGAGGAGGCGCUGUCAUAUCACAUGCGCGAAGCCGAGGCGGCGUUCAGAGCGCUGAGCGCACGGCCGCCUCCGAAACCGCGAUCUUUGUUCCACGAGGCGUCGCUGCAGUUGCCUGUUCUGGACGCCAAAACGAAGGAGAGGCCGGCGGCCAUCGCUUCUGAGGGUAUAUCAUCCUCGGAGUCCAGCUCGCUCAUCAUCGAUCCGGCCGCGCUGCCCCGAGCAUCAGCAAGCAAGUUUCUCACCAGCUACUACCUCUCGCUAAGCGAGAUACGCGACAGCCUAAAGCGGUGGCGUGCCGAGCUCAAGGCAAUUGCUGACCAUGUGUGACGCGCGUGUCACCAUGCCACUUGCCGAGACACCGCAGAGACGACAAGACGCGACGAGAUGCAAUAGAACGCAUCGACGGAUCAGAGUAGUCGAUUGCAGCGCAGCGUACCUGUAGUCCAUAGAUUCAUUCAGUAGUACCAAGUCACAAGUCGACGUUCGCA